AUGGAGAAAACCGCAAUUUUUGGAUUUAAUUGUAAGUCUUUUCGUACCCAAUCAUUUCUUGCAGUAAAACAACCUGUUGUUAAAUAUAUUGAUAAGAUCUUUGACGUUCUUGAUGAUGAAAUAUUAAAAUCACAUGCCUAA